AACUUGCCGGUUCUCCGUAUUAUCAGAAUAUAUAUUUGUUUUCUGGGACAGCAGCAACCAAGACCGAUUCCAUUGGACGGGUGAACAUUUUUCAGCGGCUGACAUGAGGAAAACGAGUAGCGCAUCAUCUACGGAUUCUUCGUAUUUGGAUCACUACAGCUUCGGAAACUUACCGACGUUUGCAUCAACCAAGAGAAACUCCCAAAAAAAUGCACAACCAAAUGCAUCGUUCCAGAAUGAAGCUUCUUUUUAUAACUUAUCAACGAAUUCGGCAACUCCAAAUAAAGUAGAGUUGCCAUUUGUCCCAUCGAAAAAUUAUCCAAUAAAUAAAUCGUUUUUUGCAGACUCGAGAAAACCAUCCACUUCUACGACAAAUAAUAAUAGACAAACAUAUUCAAAUACAGCCACUGACAAACUAUCCAGAAAUUUUCUUUUUGGAAGGAGAGUGUGGUCCGGAAACUCUGAUAGAGCACGAAUUUACACGAAUGACCGUCAUUUAGGGCACAGUACAAGCAACAAAGAAACUGAUCUUGACCCUCAAACCGAACUUUAUGACUUACUUACGAACUUUGGCUCUCUCUUAUACCUUCUUAUUAGUAAAGGUGCGCUAUGGGUUCUUUGGAUUUUGAACCAAUUCUCUCAUCUGCUAUUGAACAAAGUACGAACCAUUCCAAGUCCCAAUUGGAACGAACCAGACGACGGCGCUGAACUGGUGGCGGAAAGCACUCCACGGUCUCAAAAAUCCAUCUUUCAGCCCAAUGCGUUGUCUAAACACGAUGCGAGCGGUAUAUAUGAGGUUAAGAACCCUUUAUUUCAAAAGAAAUUACAGUCAAUCAACAACGAUGUAAAUGAAAAGCUCUUGAAGGAAAAACGAAAAAUGGAGAAAGAAGAACGAGUCCAUGAAUCAGUCUCAUUGGAAGAAUUGGCUUUGAGCCAAAGUAAGACGAAGGAGCAGUAUGGGACUUUCUUUUUUAAUUCGGGAGCCCAUUCAGGCAACAAAGUGAAUUUGGAGCUUUCUUACUUGAAGGCAGCCAUGAACACUCCGUUGAUGCAAGAGGACAAACGACCCCAAAAUGUUUUUAGCAAGUCAUCGGAAAUCAAAGAAAACAUGUUAUCCUUUUUCAAUUCCGGUAACGAGAGCUCGAAAGUAGAAACAAAGGUCGAAUCAAAACCAACAUUUACCAGAUCGACUAAUCGAUUUAAAGACCUUGAAUGGCUUGUUGAUGACAAGGAAGAUUACUUGAAUAAUCUUGAGUCCACAAAACUCUUUAAAGAGUAUCAGAAAAUUAUUGCCGAGAGGAAGACAAUGCAACAACUACUCCAUCUAUCCACGCUUAAAGAACAUGGUUUGGGCGUGCGUCCACUCAAUGAAGAACAAGCCAAAGAAAUCGAGAAAGUUUGGAUGUACCAGCCCGAGGGAGUUCUCAUGUCUAAAUAUGGUAUUAAAAUAACAUCGAGGGAUCUACUUACCCUCUCCGAUAGACACUGGCUUAACGAUAAUGUCAUUGAUUUCUACCUGCAGUUGGUGAAGGAUUAUGUGAAUGGGCAAGGGAUUUCCAAGAUCCACGUUUUCAGCACAUUCUUCUACACGACUUUGAAAUCCAAGGGAUACACAGGUGUGCGCAAAUGGGCGAAGCGAGCCAAAGUCGAUGUCUCAGAAUUGGAUUACAUAUUUGUUCCUGUGAAUCUCAACCAAACCCAUUGGGCAUUGGCGGUUGUAGACAAUGUCAACGAGCGUUUUGAGUACAUCGACUCCCUCUACGGUGAUGGAAGCAGCAUCCUUAAUCUCCUGUUGGACUAUAUGACCGAGGAGACAAAAAAGAACCACGGUGACGGCAUGAACGGCAGAGAUUAUGUCACUUACGACAUAAAUGGCCGUGCCGAGGGUCCUGGCCAGCAGAACGGAUUCGAUUGCGGAGUGUUCACGUGCACCGCAGUCGACUAUCUCUCCCGCAACAGAGAACUGGACUACUCCCAGGCGGACAUGCCAAGUCUUAGGCGGAGAAUGGCCUGGGAGGUGUUGAAGGGACGUUUGCUAGACCAUUAGUGUAUCCUAUGUAACUGUAUAAUUGAUAUUCUGGUAGACUUCCCACGAAAAGCCCGAAACUAUAAAUUCCGCGUCACGUG